CUCAUCUUUCUCUCAAUGACCCCUCAGCUGCCUUCGCGAACGGACGUCCUCGUCGUGGGCGCUGGACCUUGUGGUUUAGCUGCCGCUCUCUCUCUCCACAAACAUGGAUGCACGAACCUCACAGUUGUGGAUUCGCAGCUUGCAAGCGAGCACACUUCACGAGCUGUAGCCGUGCAUGCCGCUACUUUGGAUGCACUAGACGAAGUCAUCGCGGCACAAUGUAUAGUCGACUCUGGUGUAAAGGCGACCGGAGGAAAGGUUUGGGACGGGUACCGCUUUCAACCCUGGGCGGACUUCAGCGUCCUUGAAGGCCAUACGAAGUUCCCUUUCCUUCUCUUCGUUCCUCAGCAUGUCGUCGAACGGGUGCUCGGCGAAGGAGUACACGAACGAGGUAUUGCUGUUUACCGUUCAACAAAGGUCGUGAAUCUAGUCCCUAGCGAACUGGAGUUAGGCAUGAUAGACGUGUUUUUCGAAGACGGCCAAGUCGUACAGACCCUCUACGUGGUCGGUGCUGAUGGGACAAAGUCCACUGUCCGCACUAUGACUGGCAUUUCAUACACAGAUCCUGACGGCGAGAACACCCCUGACGAAGCCGUGGAACUAGGUGUCAUCGCCGAUGUCACCUUCAACGUACAUCCGACGAAGAGGACGGAGCCGCUAAUGGUCCUUCCGAGCGGCAACUUCUUCGUCUGUAUUCCCCUACCCUCAUCAUCCUACGAGGGCCAAGAGGUCUGGAGGAUCGCCUGCGGUGUCCCCACGGGCGUUCCACCGCACGCCCCUCCAACCGAGUUCCUUCAGGGCCUCGUUGAUGCCUACGGCCCAGGCUCGAUCCCACCUUCCGCGCGCGAGAGCCCCAAACGACUCGAGAUCACCAAGACCAUCUGGUCAUCGCGCUUCAUAACGCACUCCGCCGUCGCCGCGACGCCCUUCACUCGCUUACGCACGCCAAGCGGCAGACCCAGUGGUGCCGUCAUCCUCAUUGGCGACGCCGCUCACAAACAUCCGCCCACCGGCGGGCAGGGCAUGAAUCUCGGCCUGCGGGAUGCAGCUUUCCUCGGCCCCGUGUUGGCGGAGCACGUACGGCAUAGUGCACAGCUAACGUCGCCCGAGGAAUGCAUGGAGCUCGAUGCGCCACUCAAGGCUUGGGCACAACAGCGCCACGAGCGUGCACUCAACGUUAUUCGAUCUACGAAGGCGUCGCUGUCGCGCAUGAGUUGUAGCGACGAAGUUGUGUGGUGUUGGGGCGUAGUUCCUGUGAACUGGAUGAGAGUGCGGGAUUUCAUUAUGUGGCUCAUGAACGUAACAGGUGUCGCAAGAAGAAUUGUGCCGUGGGAGCUCAGCGGACUCAUGAACCGGUAGAAGUGAUGACAAGGAUUCGAUUUGCGAAUGACUCGGUAAUAUGUGCUAGCCCUCUCAUCCUAUACUAUUCAUAUGACCUCUCAGAAUGAUCAGUAUAGUUUCGUCAC